UCUGUCUCUGAUAAAGGGUUAUGUUUAAAACAACAAACCUUGUUAUCAUGUUGGAAUAACUCUGAUAUAAUUUAUAAAUAAUUAGGGAUACCUCUUCAUUGUUCAAGGCAAUAGGAAACAAGUCAGCCAAAAUCUCGUUCAGUCUGUGUGAUCGUAAAUUUUGUUUGAUUAGAAGUCCUAAAGAAAAUAUGGCAUCUCCUGCGCCUAAAUCUCCUGAACAAACCGAUAAAACUAAAAAAUAUGACCGUCAACUAAGGCUAUGGGGAGAUCACGGACAAAUGCUUCUGGAAAAGGCUAAAGUUUGUCUCAUUAAUGCCACUGCCUUAGGUACAGAGGUAUUGAAAAGCUUGGUACUUCCUGGAAUAGGAGCUUUCACCAUUGUCGAUGGGGAAAAAAUAACUCCUGAAGAUAUAGGUUCAAAUUUUUUUUUAGAUUCUGAAAGUCUCGGAAUGUCCAGAGCUCAAGUUGCUACACAGGCCCUAUUAGAACUGAAUUUGGAUGUAAGAGGAGAUUAUAUAGAUGAAGCAGUUGAACAUGUUUUAUCUCAUUCAGAAAAUUUUUUCUCUAAUUUUGAUCUUGUAAUAGCUGCUGCCUUAUCAGAAAAGGUUUUGAUACCUCUUUCGAAGCAUUUGUGGGAAGCUAAUGUUCCUUUGAUAGUCUGUAGAAGCAUUGGUUUUCUGGGAUAUAUUAGAUUACAAGUUAAAGAACAUACAGUAAUAGAAUCUCAUCCUGAUAGUGAAAAUCCAGAUUUGAGAUUAAUAAAUCUAUGGCCUGAAUUGGAGAAUCAUUUACAAAAGAUUGACAUAUCAAAACUGGAUAGUAAGGAAAGAAGUCAUGUUCCAGCCAUUGUAAUAUUGUAUUAUUACAUUUCGAAGUUCAAAGAACAAAAUAAUGGUGCUUUGCCAGUAUCAAGGGAGGACAAGAAUCAAAUUCGUAAAAUGAUAAGAGAAAGUGCAGUAAAUGAUGAAAAUGGUAUUAAAACAUUAGAAGAGAACUUUGAAGAAGCUAUCCGGUUCGUGAAUACAUGUAUCUCGAAUCAAACAAUACCCAGUCAAAUCAGGGAAAUUUUAGAGGACGAUUCUUGUACUAAUUUAACUCAGAAAAGUCGUCCAUUUUGGAUCAUGUGUACUGCUUUAAGAGAAUUUGUAGAAACAGAGGGGGCUUUACCAGUAAGAGGAACUUUGCCAGAUAUGGCUAGCGAUUCAGAGAGUUACAUAACACUGCAGCAGAUUUACCAGCGAAAGGCUCAAGCACAAGCUGAAUCCAUCUAUAGGAGAUCAUGCCAAAUUGCCAGGAAUGUUGGAAUGCAUCAAGAUUCAAUUUCUGAGCAAGAGGUCAAACUUUUCUGUAAGCAUUCCAGCGAACUCUUCGUCAUGAGAGGAAGCAGUAUUGCAGACGAAUACACCAAACACUGUCCAGAUCUCUCAUCACAGCUGGAGGAUCCGGAUAGUUUAAUGUUUUAUUACGUUAUCCUCAGGGGAUUUGAACGUUUCAUAGGAGAUUUUAACACUUAUCCUGGUCAAUAUGAUGAUCAUGUGGAACCUGACGUUUUGAAACUGAAAAUGAUCAUUGGAAAGCUGUUGAACGAAUGGGGGUGCAGUCAGAUUUUGAGGGAUGAGAGAGUGCAUGAAAUUUGCAGAUAUGGAGGUGCAGAGUUGCAUUCUGUGUCUGCCGUUCUUGGAGGAACUGCAGCGCAUGAAGCUAUCAAACUGGUUACCCAUCAAUACAAACCUUUGAAUAAUACUUUCAUCUAUGAUGCUAUCACUUCAAAUUCGGCAACAUAUACAUUGUAAUUUUUGUUUGUUCUGUUGAUAAUUUACUUUUAAAUUUGAUGGUUUCACCAAACAAGUCCAAUUGUUUGAGAAUUAUGGCUGUCUAGUUAUGGUUAUUAAAUUAAUUAUGUA